AUGUCCGACCUCACCGACGAUGAGAUUGAGAAGGAGAAGCAAUACUGGCAAGCUCGAGCCGAUGAGGGCGGACAUUAUCUCUUAAAGAAAGAUCUUGACAAUGUAAUCGCUCGACCCUGGUGGAUGAAGCUCAGAGCAGCCGGCAGCGACACAUAUCGAACACCCGAAGGGUCGGAUUGCAAGGGCGAGGUCAUGGAAUGGUACGCGCAGGACACUGCCCUUCGGACUUCUGGACGCCGUGAACUCAUGGGCGUACAAUUCGUUCCGCUCGCAGAAGUCGAUCAAAUCAUGAUUGAAUGGCUCACAACACCCACGCUAGAUGCAGGAGGGUCAACGUGGGUUGCAGACGGCCAUGACAAGAUCUGGUACGACCUAGAUGAGGACACAGAAGAGAAUGAGUGCGAAACAAGCAGCAGCGAUACGCCAAUGCAUUUUACGGAACGACCCUCCAACAUAUUCGGCUUAGCCAUCACGAUCAAUGGCGAUCCUCAUGUGCCGAAAGAAGAUGAGCAACAAUUUAACAAAGCGAUGUCAAUUGUCAUAACAACGUUCAGCAAGGUCCUUGUCAUACAGACCAGGUACCAGCCUUUACCAGUCCCAGCGGCUCUUCACGACUUUUUCUCAUCGUCUCUUCACAUCUUUGCCGCUCGUCGUGCCGAUGUCGUCCUGGCCUAUCUCGACGACUUCGAUAUCCGCGCAGAGAUCCGCGAUGCAGCGACAGCAUUCGAGCCCAGUGUCUCCCCUUUCCGUCAGUACAUGGGCAAUCCAGCAUUCGACGGCGACAUUCCUCUUCUUCAAGCUCGAUAUAAUGUCAAAGGCGAAAUCGCGCUUCACUACAAGGUGGCCGCCUUAGUUCGUGAAGCUUGUCUCGCUGCUCUCGUCGUCGUCCGCUAUCCUGAUAGAGCGACAAUUCGCACCGCUCAAUGCGAUAAAUUUGUCGGUGCCAAGCACCUCGUCAAGGUGCUGCAGAUGGAACAGCUCGUCAAACCUCUAGUGCGUAUAGUCGACUUCGAUGAGGACCAGAGCUUUACCCGGAACAGCUGGAUUUCAAGUGACCGACCUCCAGCCCUCGUCGUCUACUGCAACCGCUUCAGGACGAUGCCCAAUGCUAUGAGCGAUGAGGUGAUCGAGGUGGAGCUCAUAUACGACUACUAUGAAAACGACCAGAAGCGCUGUGGCGAGCGGCUCCCUGGUAUCAGAACGGUCAUGCGCGGCCGCAUACACAGGAUAGAGGGGAGGCUGGCCGAAAUCGUGUUUCCCGCCGUCAUGGACCGCGGCGAAAUAGGCGGUGGUAUCUCCUAUGACCCCAAAGCAGACAGGGCUACCUCUCAUCGUGAGCCGCCUUCUUUUGGCCAUGUACGCGAACGUAUCCUCGAGGUUCGCGCCGUAGGGCCCCAGCUUCCUAAUAUCGAGGAUAUCGAGUCGCACAACUACGCCCUGGACCUGAUGGAUGCAGAAAGGUCAAUGUGUCCCGACAACUCUUCGUUCAACGCAGUCGUUUUCCCGCCGCUCGCACAGGACGGUAACGUGGCUAGGACCGAGAUCGAGAGGGCACUUGCAUGCUCAUUCUACUCAACGAUGGAGAAUGAGCUGGAAAAACCUCGAGUGCCGAGCAAGCUCGCAGCUAUGCAAGCAAAGGUCUUCGUCGAGGCCUUCGACCCUACCUAUCCUGCCCAAGUCGUGUCGGGACCGCCCGGUACUGGCAAAUCAUACCUCAUUGCGUCGAUCUGCAAGGCGUAUUCAGAGAUCUCCUCGACUCAAGAGCGCUGGCACGACAUGUGUUUGGUGCUGACGAGGACAAAUGCAGCGGCCGUCGACGUCGCAAAGGAGCUGAUGGACGUUGCUUGCCCGUUUGUCAUCUUCAAAGGCGGCAGACAGGCUUCAUUCUACCAGGGAGAAUACUAUGCAGCCGUCGAAAAGUACGCAAGGGAUACAAAGAGUAUCGAGACGCCCAAAGAUGCGUGGUCUACUCUCAGAGGCAAAAGUGUUGUCAUUUGCACGCUCGGCAAAUUCGAAGUCAUCAAGGACAAUCUGCCGUGGACGCCGACAUUGGCCCUGGUGCACGGCGCUUCGGAAAUCCCUGCCCCGCGAUUGAGCCAAUCGCUACAAGGUAUGCGGGGACUGGCUAAAUUGAUUCUCUUUGGCGAUGAACACCAGAUUCCACCUUACGGCCAAGAGUGGAUGCCGAGCAAUCGCUCUGCUUUCGACUACGCGGCGGAAACAAGCGAAGCCGAGGACGCCACAGUCAGGUGCAAACAUCACACGCUUGAUGUGUCGUGGCGUCUGCCUCCAGCCCUGGCCUCCUACAUUUCGACAAGUAUAUACAGAAACUUGUUUUCCUGCUGCGAAGAGACGGGCGAUGACGGAUGGAAAUCGUGCUUACGCUUCCUGGAGUUGACUCCACCCCAUACCAAAGAAGAGCGCAAGUCCGCUAGCUCGAGCCUUUACAACCCUCGUGAAGCUCGUGCCGUCGUACAGAUCGUCCAAAAGCUUGUCGAGAGGCAAAGGAAGUCAUGGCAGAUCUUGACUUUCUACAGUGACCAGAAGCGCGAGAUCGAAAGUCAACUCGUCCGCGACCUCACUCUCGAUGUGCCUGCCGACAGUAUCCGAAGCAAAGAUGGUGUACGUACGCAGAACCGUCAUUUGACUCGCACCGAGGCCUCGGAUCUUGUCUCAACCGUCGAUGCAUUCCAGGGCAAGGAGGCCGACGUCAUUAUUCUCUCAACGGUAAGAACUCAGAUGCCUCAAGGAUACCUGCACGACAUCAUCUGCGAUUAUCGCCGUCUCAAUGUGGCCUUGACACGGUGCCGUGACAAGCUCGUCGUCGUCACAGCGUCCGAGCUAUUGAAAAACCUGAAGGACCGUCACCUGGCGCUUCUCUUGACACGCCUAGCAUCGCUAGCUCCGCGCGCUGAAGACUCAAAUGACCCUUUCUUUUCUUGA